AACAGCAAUGGCUACUGAAUAUUUGCCUCCUCCAUUGGAUGCUACCGCAGAGGAACCAACUCUCUUUGAUGGAACUACCAGGUUGUACAUGACUUAUACUUGCCCUUUUGCACAGCGUGUGUGGAUCGCCAGGAAUUAUAAGGGUUUGCAAGACAAGAUUAAGUUGGUCCCUUUGAAUCUUCAAAAUAGACCUGCAUGGUACAAGGAGAAAGUUUAUUCUGUAAACAAGGUGCCGGCCUUGGAACACGACGGCAAAGUCAUUGGGGAGAGUCUUGAUUUGAUUAAAUAUGUUGAUACCAACUUUGAAGGGCCUUCCCUUUUACCUAAUGAUCCUGACAAAAAAGAGUUGUUUGAGGAGUUGUCAUCACACAUAGACAAAUUUGUAGAGAUGGUGUUUACUACCUUUAAAGGAGACUCCACAACUGAAGCCGGUGCUGCUUUUGAUCAUUUGGAACAUGCUCUUACGAAACAUGAUGGCACAUUCCUCCUCGGCGACGAGUUUAGUCUUGCAGACAUUGCCUUCAUUCCUUUUGUCGAAAGAUUCGAGAUCUACCUAUCGGAGGUGUUCAACUACGACAUAGCAGCAGGCAGGCCUAAAGUGGCAGCAUGGAUUGAGGCGGUGAACGAGAUUGAUGGCUAUAAGCAGACGAAGAAAACCAAACCAAAAGAACUAGUGGAAUUUUAUAAGAAGAUAAUCUCAGUACUCUUCUGUUCUGUUUAUACCCUUGGAUUACUAGUAUUUACCGUUGAUUAUUAUACAGGAAGUUGUUGACCACUGAAACAAGUUCUUAU